UAGUGGAAGUUACUGGACGUGGAGAGUUGUUGACAUUUCUCUGGGUCAUUACAAAUGCUAAGAUUAUAACAUAGACAUAAUUGUUCAUAAAGGUUUGACAUAAAUGUCGUUCGUUUUUAUCCUUGUAAAACUGGGGUCUGUUUAUAAAAACACAGCGCUAAUGAAAUGUUAGCCUAGCAUUCAGGUAACCAGCCAGGAAGGACAAGCUAACCAGCUAACUAAAGCUACAAGACAAGUGUAUUACACACAGAGUUUUACAAAAAUGGACUCCAAUGGCAAACCGUCCACAGGCCAGCUCUUGCUUUUGGCCACCAGUUCAGCUCUCACUGCUCUUCUGUACUCAGUGUACAGGAAGAAGUCCAGCAAUGCCACCAGAUUAAGAGAAGCCAAGAAAAUAUCAUUAGAUCAAGAUCUGCAGAGCAUCCUCGCCGAAGCUCCGGGCAAAUGUAUACCGUAUGCCGUUAUAGAAGGAGUGGUUCGGUCUGUUAAAGAAACCUUGAGCAGUCAGUUUGUGGACAACUGCCGAGGCGUGAUCUCCAGACUGACGCUAAAGGAGAAGAAAAUGGUGUGGAACCGGACCACUCACAUCUGGAAUGACUACGAGAAGGUCAUCCACCAGCGCACCAACACCGUGCCCUUUGUCCUGGCGUCACACGACGACGAUAUAACAUCCACCGUGCGCGUCAUCCGCCCCCUGGAUGCCGAUCUGGACCUGGAGAAGACCUUCGAGAACUUCCACCCGGCCACGAGCUCCUUCACCAGCAUCGUGGGUCACUUCCUGAGCGGCGAGCGGCCCCAGGGCGUGACUGAGAUGGAGGAGAUGCUGCGGCUGGGCGCAAACAUCACCGGCGUGGGCGAGCUAGUGAUGGACGGCGGCAUGGUGCGCCUACAGCCGCCCAAACAGGGCCUGGCCUACUUGCUGAGCAACCUGGAUUACGACACGCUCCUGGAGAACCACAAAAGAAGCGUGAGGCUCUGGAGAAUCCUGACGGCGCUCACGGGUCUGGUGGCGUGCGCGACACUGGCGUACGUACUGUGGAGGCGCUACACCUGGCACAGGGAGAAAAAAAAGGAGCGGGAGAUGAUCGAGGAGAUCGAAGAGCAGAGGAGGAGGAGGACAGACGGGGAAGAGGAAGGCAUGCAGGUCGGAGCUUGUGUCGUGUGCCUGAGCCACCAGCGCUCGUGCGUCUUUCUCGAGUGCGGCCACGUGUGCUCCUGCUGGCAGUGUUACCGCGCGCUGCCUGCGCCAAAGAAGUGCCCCAUGUGCCGGGCUACUAUAGACCGCGCGGUGACCCUGUACAGCAGCUAAAUCGUCUCUGAAAAGAGAAAAACUUUAGGUUUAAAAAUUGUCCAGCAUGGUUACGGGUGCUACGCUAAUACCGGGUGAAAAUCAAAGUCCCUUAUUUAGCCUCCUCUUUAAGCACAACACCAAAUGGGACAUGCAAUCUGCUCAUCAUAUAUACACUAUACAGCGGUACCACGGGAUACAAAUUUAAUCUUUUCCAGAGACAGGUUCCAAAGGCAAAAAAAAAAAAUUAGGUGCAGAUAAUCUGUUCCAAUCACCCCCAAAAAAUACCAAUAUUACCAAUUUCCAAAAUUGUAAUCAUAUUUUGACAUAUAAAAACAAUUAAAAGAUUUAGAAAAGACGUAAAUUUAGUAAAAUAUAUAAGAAAUAGACUUUAAACCAUGUUUAUCAUUCAUUUUUUCCUUUUGCCGCCGACCGCUAAAAAACUUAACUGAAAUUGGCUCCGUUUUCUUCUUGCUACCGUUCUUGAUAACAUUAUUGCGACCCAUGGUGCUACUGUAUGUUCUGCACAAAAUGCCAAAAAGAAUAAAAAAUGUAACUCGCUUCGCUUGGCUUUCCACUGACGCAAACAAUUUUAGUACAGCUCCCGGACAUACGCGCUCAUAUGCUGAAAAUGCUUCAAAUGCGGUGAUAAAUUCCUUGCAAAAUUUCAGUUCUUAAGGUGAAAUUUCUUUAGGUCGUGUUCAUAUGCCGAGGUACCGCUGUACACGCAGAGAGAGAGAGAGCUGAUGAAUAAAAAAAUUGCGAUAAACAGAUGCUUAAAAUACCUCAGUAACUCUCACAGUCAAGGAAUUAUUUGGUGUAUAAGAUUUGCUUUAUUUCACAUAAACUAUGAUGCUGACAUACGGUACGAUGGAUUCAUUUUCAGCAGGUGAUUCUGACUGGGUUCAGUCAGAGUGUUAGAACAAGCGUUCCUGCUCUGAUGACUGCUGCCAAAGAGAGAAAGACAGGAUGAAACUUAAACAAUAUGAAAUGUGCAGGUUGAUAAUCAUCAUAUCUGUUCUAAAAUCGCUAAUGGAUUAAAGCAUUUGUAUAAUUUAUUAAACUAUAUCAGCACUUCUAUUAAAAAUAGGAGAAAAGUCUGCUGAUUUACUUGACCUCUGAAAGUGAUUUAUAUCUGUGUAAAGAUAGAGCAAUAUGAUGGUGGGUGAUUUUUUUUUUUUUUUUUUGGAGCUGGUAUAUACACUAUAUGGACAAAAGUAUUUUCCUAAACCUGCAAUGACAUUGACAUAUCCAAAUACAUAUACUUUAGUAUGGAGUCGGUCCCCCUUUUGCGGCUUCCACAAUAGUAAAGGGCCUUCCCCAAACUGUUGCCACAAAGCCAGAAGCAUACAGUAGUAUUGUCCAAGAUGUCUUUGUGUGCUGAAGCAUCAAGAUUGUCCGUCACUGGGAGUAAGGGGCCUGACUAAAACACCAAAAUUCAAUAAUUAACAGUUUUGUCCAAAUACAUUUGUCCAUAUUCAUAGGAAAGGUUUGACACAACAAGCUUUAUGCACAACAUACUGUACCUGGUAAAUAGAUUGUUCAGGGGCUUUAAAAUGCUUGAAAAUCUUCAUUUUCUUUGAAAAAAAAAAGAUUACUUUUCAUAAAAGGCUUCAAUAAAGUUUUCUUUUGAUGAAUCAUAAAUUAAAAAUCUUGGCUGAAUUCUUCAAUAAAUAAAAUCAGAGCAGUGGAGUGUUCAGUUUCAGCUUCAGAUUUUCCCUGUGGAAAAGUAUUUAGGAUGAAAGAUGAAUUUUUGCGUGUGUGUGUGUGUGUGUGUGUGUGUGCAUGUCUCGUUAACUUCAAAAGAAUGUGAAAGAACCAACAUUUAUAGCUGCUAUCUUCCAACCAUGUAAUUGCUGGAAGAUAUGCGCAGAUACAGUAUAAGAGGAAGCAAAUCAUUUCAGCCAUGAUGUUAGGGAAAAUAAUCAACUCUGGGCUUGUGAUGGUUCAUUAAACAAAAUUUUUUACUACUGUAAUUAUUACUCUGCUUUAUUAUUAUUUUUCUAGAAUGGUUGAAGGUGGUAUUCAUAUUGUUUAACCUCUAGUCCCAGCACAAAUAACCAGCCCCACCCUUUUUCCCCACCCAAGGUUCUCCGGUCAGUUCUGUCGAAAAGAGGCUUGUGAAUGCUUUCGCAUUAAUUUUGAUUUGAUUUUAAGGCAGGAGCCUAAAACGGUUAACUGCUUCUGAAAAUAUAUUUGCAUUUUAGUCAGUGUAAUGUUUGUCAUAAAGGAUAGAUUCACAAUAAGAAUUUACCUUGACCAAAAGAGGGCGCUGUCUAUCUAUUAUCUGCAGGACCUUGCAUAAGUAAUUAGACUCCUUGAACUUAUUUUAUAGUUUUCUAACCUGGAAUUGACGUACAGUAAACCUCAUUUGGAUGUAUAUUAUUUGAUAGAUAGAAUAUUUCUAACAUUUUGACCAUCAGCUGCUGAGUGUAGAACCACUUCCCUUCAAUAUUAUAGGUUACAAAAAUAAAGGUAUUUUUCUUUGUGGCUGUGCCAUCUACACCUGGAAAUGUGAAUGAAGUCUACAGUAAAUUUAGGUCCACUGACAUUGCCUUGAAAAGUAACACAGGCCCCUUCUCAAGUAAUAGUUACAUACCGAAGGUACAGAAACAUUCCUUGAUGGUAUCAUGGCAGCAACCAGGGCAAAUUGUGGGGAAAAUGUCAAACAGAUGAAUGGGGGUAACUCACAGGUUAAGGCACUGCUGGGCCCUUGAGCAAGAUCCUUAACCCUUUAAUGAUCAGAUGUACCAUGAGAUGAAAUGUAACCCGUCCUGGAUAAGGGCAUCUGCCAAAUGCUGGUUAAUGGCAUUAUUUUUUUAAAUAAAAAAUAUGUAUUUAAAGUA